AUGGAUAACCUGCGUAGUAAGGCAUUGAAGGUGCUACGCACCGAACUCGACCGUCGAAAUCAAGAACCCCAGAACUACGAAGAGUUGCUUCGAACUCUACAGACUCUCGAGGAAAAUAUGCCGGAGCGACGACGCGCCAUUCGCAAAGGCAGACCUGCGAUAUUCGUAGGGAAUCAGCGUCGUUCUGAUAAAUCUAGCAACCACCGGAAUAAAAGGAAACGAGAGGAACAGACGGGUUCAACCGAACAAACCAAGAAAGAUAAAUAUAAUUGGAUGAAGGAGUGCUCACACUGCCAUAAGAAGGGGCAUAUCGCAAACGAUUGUUGGAUGUUAUACCCCGAAAAGCGCAACCAAGUCCGACAAGCAAAAAACUAG